AUGGAGAUAGCCGCCGCGAGCACUGUCACUGUUGCGCCGCAAUUGCGCAGAUUGUCACAUGCCUUAUCCAGGACACUUGGAUCGGCAUCUUCUCUUCCGUUCAGCCUCUCCAGGAGAAACCUCUCCGUCGGGAGUCCUAGUCUCCGCGUGUCAACCGCCUCCAUAAGCGCCGUCGCCGCCGAGAAAAUGUCGCCGGCAAGUUUCUUAGACAGAAGAGAAAGCGGAGUUCUUCAUUUUGUCAAGUAUCACGGCCUUGGAAACGACUUCAUUUUGGUAGAUAAUCGGGAUUCAUCGGAACCUAAGAUUACUCAAGAGCAAGCGGUGAAGCUCUGUGAUCGAAACUUCGGUGUUGGAGCCGAUGGGGUCAUCUUUGCGAUGCCAGGCAUUAAUGGCACCGAUUACACCAUGCGAAUAUUCAACUCAGACGGUAGUGAACCAGAGAUGUGUGGCAAUGGAGUUCGAUGCUUCGCCAGAUUCAUUGCUGAGAUUGAGAACCUACAGGGAAAGCAUAGUUUUACAAUACAUACUGGUGCUGGCCUGAUCAUUCCAGAAAUUCAAGAUGAUGGGCAGGUUAUGGUUGAUAUGGGAGAACCGAUCCUGAGAGCAGAAGAUGUGCCCACGAGAUUACCGGGAAACAAAGGUGACUCUGUUGUUGCGGCGGAGUUAGUAGUUGAUGGAGUCAGCUGGAACGUGACAUGUGUAAGCAUGGGAAACCCUCACUGUAUCACAUUUGGCACUAAAGGCGGUCAGAAUCUGAGAGUUGAUGAUUUGAAGUUGUCGGAGAUUGGUCCCAAGUUCGAGCACCAUGAGAUGUUCCCAGCUCGAACUAACACAGAAUUCGUUGAGGUCUUGUCACGUUCACAUUUGAAAAUGCGUGUCUGGGAGCGCGGAGCAGGAGCAACUUUGGCUUGUGGAACAGGAGCUUGUGCUUUAGUUGUUGCAGCAGUUCUUGAAGGUCGAACAGACAGAAAAUGCACGGUGGAUCUACCGGGUGGACCGUUGGAGAUAGAGUGGAAAGAGGAAGACAACCACAUCUACAUGACCGGUCCUGCGGAUUUGGUGUUCUAUGGAUCAGCGCUGCUCUAA